AUGGCUCGCAAGGAAACACCAGCAAAAAGACCAAGAGUCUCAGAGCCCAAGGAAACAGAUACUGAUGAUGGAAAGUUGGUCGAUUUGACGCGUUGCGAUGCAUCGGGUGAUGAGGCUGCUGUUAAGGUGAAGGGGCUUGUCCACAGCCAAUUCCUCAACCCUGCAUACAGCGAUCUGUCCAUCAUCUGCGGCGACAAGGUCUUCCCAGCUCAUCGAAUAAUCGUCUGUCCUCAGUCAACCUACUUUGAGGUUGCCUGUAAGGAAAAGUUCGAGGAAGAGAAAGGAGAAAUCAGAAUAAAUGACCGGGACGCGAGCUUGGUGAAAAAGAUGCUGCAGUUUGUCUACACCGGCGACUAUACUUGCGAUAUCACUCCAGAGACAGAAGAACCGAUGACACCGAUGCAUUUAUUUCACACCGUCGACGCGAAAGAGAAGAAGACCGCCACAGCGAUUGUUCGAGAUUCACACUUCCACGCUCAGAUGUACGCCCAAGGCGACUACUUUCAGAUUGAGGGUCUAAAAGCUAAGGCAAAGGAAUACUUUGAGAAGACCUUCCUCAACACUUUAGAAAAAGAUUCCUUUGCCGCAACUGUCAUCGAAGUGUAUACCUCAACAGCAGAGAAUGAUCGGGGACUUAGAGACAUUGUCGUAGGGUUGACGAGAAACAACCUGCCAGAUCUGAGAACUAGGCAAAAUCCGAUCCUAAGUGCUCACCUUUUGGAACUGAUUCCUCAAUUCAUGUUGGACAUUUGCGUUUCCACUAUGGAUGAAUGUGCUAGGUACCAGAAGCACAGUCCAGCCUGGGUCAAGCAACAAUCUCGUUUUUGGGAUAGUCGAGGAGAAAAUUGA